AUGUCAUCAUCACCACCACUACCUUCGUACAGACGCAUAGAAACCUUAGAAUUCUCCAAAUAUAUCCCUUCGUCCAUCUUGGACGAUAUCUGUCCCUCUCGUUUGAAAUCAACGUCGACUUUUCAUGCCGUCAAACACACGAGAGAAGCGACGAAAAAGAACUGCCUCGGGAAACCAAUUCUUGAUUUGAACCAUCCGGCGUAUCCUGCGUACGGAUUAUUCGCGUCUCGGAAGCUCUCGAGUUUGGAGCGCGUGAUUGAUUAUCACGGGUUCGUGACUUUGAACGGGGAGGAGGAUAAGGAAAGCGAUUACACGUAUUCGUUUGCAAAGAGACGGUUGGUGAUUGAUGCGAAUGCAGUUGGCACAGAGGCGAGAUUUUGCAACGACUUUCGAGGCAUUCGGGAAAGGCCGAACGCGGAGUUUUUUGAAUAUCGCGACCGAGUGGGGGAUUUAAAGUGCGGAAUCCGAGUGAAGAAAGGCGAAAUGAUUGGGAAAGGAGAUGAAAUAUGCGUAAAUUACGGGAAAGGGUUUUGGUUGCAUCGAUUCGGGAGAGAGGCUUUGGAGAAGGCGUCGCUCUCGACGCGGGGUCCCCGUCGAGGAGGGGAAGGUUGA